AUGUCGAGCCACUCAGCAGGCGACUCUGCCAACGGCGCGGGCGGCUCAGGCACCACCGCAGGCGAUGCGGUCGCAUCGGCCUCGCCGUCGUCGCUCAACUACGUCCCCUACCAGCGCAGAUCCCACGCUCGCAACGCUUCCACCCUCUCCCAGGUCAGCGUCUCGUCGGCGCCAAGAUCAGAAGCUCCCAAAGCAACCGGCACUUCUGGCACAUCUCCUGCCGCUGUUCCACCUGUCGCCGCGCCCGCAGCAUCCUCAUCACCUGGGCCGCAGAACUCGACCAGCAUAGCGAGACUUGGCACCAUGGCAGCACCGACUCCGCCAGCGAGCCAUACAGGCGGCUCGCAGCAGCAUUCUUCGAUACCCCCUCGCGGCUUGCCAGUAUCACCGGUGCCCAGCGGCCCUCGUUCGUCGAACCCUGCGCCGCCACUCGUCCGCAUCGGAUCAGGCGCGGCCGCACGCAACCUUCCCGCCCCUCCUCCGCUGCGCAGCGCCUCGGCCCUGCGCAAGGAGACUCCAGCAUCGCCCGACUCCCCGGCCGCAUCCUCCAAAGUCGCCGGGAAACAGCCGGAGAAACCUUCGCUCCCACGCCAGCCCAGCGCGGGGACAAUCGCCCUCGGCCAAAGAAGAAGCAGCAAUGCGUCCUCGGCUCCCAGCCCCGUCGACGUCGGUCAGCGGCAAUCACCUGCCAGCCAUGGGCGGUCGCCGUCCAGCGCCAUGCUGAACUCUCCCAAGCCCGACCGAGAUCCGCGCCUCAGCCAUGCGCGCUUGGCGGGACCGCGCGCAUCGACCAACCUGGAGACCAGCAGCGCCGGGUCAUCGAGGUCCAGCCCGCUCAACAGCGGCGCCGCCACGCCGCGGCUUGGCUCCGGCAACAUCAGCGUGCCCGCGCACGUUCACUCGUAUGCAGCCCUGCUCGCUGCGCAGUCUAAGCUCGGACCCAUACCCGUCCCACAGGGUGUGGCCAUCGCCAACGUGGUGGGCCAGCAUCAGCAGCAGAACGGCGAGGGCGGCCAAGGUGGCGCGAACGGCUUCAACCGCCUCGCCAACGGACGGUCUACUGCCUACCGUCCCGGUUUCCAGCCAAGGGGGGCGUAUAGAGUGAGAACCGACGAGUUUGUCGAGGCCAGGCGCAAGAGGCGCAGCGAGGGCGAAAUGGAGCAGCAGCGGAUGGAGCGGCGAUUGGCGAAACUCAUCACGAUACACUUUGCGCCGCAAGAGGUCGACGAGCACGGCGAAAAGGGGCCCGCACUGCCGAGGCUCGACUUUGACCUGGGCGAGCUCCGGCGGGAUCCAGGGUCCGUGCUGAAGCGGGGAGGCUCUGACCUCUGGAGCUCGCUGAGGGCGCGCACCCGGGGCGAGGACCUCGUCAAGCGAGCGGCCGAGCAGAGCAUUGUCAACUGGCAGGACGAUGCCGAGGUCAAGGCGUGUCCCAUCUGCAGCACGGCCUUUAGCUUGACGGUGCGCAAGCACCACUGCCGCCUCUGCGGCCGCGUCGUCUGCGCUUCGCCGCACCUGUCUCGGCCGGCGUGGCCCGAAGCGGUGGGAGCGCCGGGCGAUGCGACCCAGCCGAUGCCGUUGGUAGAGCAGCGCAAGCAGCUCGAGAGGAAGUGCUCGUCGCUCAUCGUCGCGGAUCCGGUGACGGGCAAGAUUGAGGACGCGAGGGACGCCGCCGGCCUGGCGAAAGGCGCCGCCGACGGCAAGGCAGACCGCGCUGCGAGCGAAAAGGGCGUCCGCAUCUGCCGCGACUGCAAGGAUGUGAUCCGGAAGCGGCAGUACAUGAUCGACGAUGGGACGGUGCCGGCCUACCUCAAGUUAUACGAGGCGUUGAUGCAAGUGCAGAAGGACAUCGAAGAGUCGCUGCCCGAGUUUCAAGAGAUGGUGCUGGGCCUGCAAAAGCACGACCAUACCGCGGCGCUCGGAUCGUCGGCCAAGGCCAACAUUGAGCUGCAGCGGGAUGCGGCACAGGCGCGCAAGCAGCUGCUGGCCAACUUUGCCACCUACGACGAGCUGGCCAAGCGGAUCCGCAAGCUGCCCGCCCCUGCGUCCGAGGGUGGUGGCGGCAGUAGCGAUGCGGCGCAGGAGAGGGUCCAGCAGGCCAUCUGGACCAAGGCCAACCUGUUCCUCCAGCAGAAUAUGCUCCCUCUUCGAAGCCUGCCCAAGCCCGGUUCCAAGAAGCCCAGUUCGACGGCAGGGUCCGAUGAGGGCGCCGAGGCCAAGACCAAGGCCAAGAGGCCGACGGGCGGCCCGCCUCGGCGCGGAAACCAGGCCCGAGGCGGCUCGGUGAGCUCGAUGGCCUCGUUCCAAACCUGGCUGGGCGGCAAGGGGCGGCAGAGCAACGGUGGUGGUGGCGAGGCCAUGACGCUGGCCGAGGCGUCGCGCUUGCAGGCCGACGAACGAUUCGACGAGGGCGACGACGACGACGACGACGACUACGGCGGAGACGACGACGAUGGACCGGUGGAUGUGGCUGCGCUCGAGGAGCAGCUGGGGGUGCUGCUGGAGCAGGAGCGGCUCGUGUCGGGCUACGUCGAGAGCGCCAGCCGCGCGCGCAAGUUUGACGACGCGCGCACGCUCAAGGCGAGCCACGACGACCUGUGCCGCGAGAUCUUGCGCAUGCAGAGGAAGCUCGUCGUCAAGGGCCAGGGAAGGGCCGGUGCGGCGGCGGCGUCAGCGUCGGCGGCAGGGUAG